AAAUGGUUAAAGGUGGCUGAGGUGCACAGAGAACUUUGGGAUCUCCUGAGGGAUGGAUUUGGGAUUUUUAGGGUUGGAUUUAGGGUUUCAGGAGGAAGGGAAAGAGUUAACGGUGGCUGAGCUGCCCAGGGAACUCUGGGAUCUGCUGAGGGAUAGAUUGAGGAUUUGCGGCUGGAUUUAGGGUUUUUGGGAAGAGCGGAGAAAGUUCCUGGGGCUGAGGUGCCUGGGAUCUCCUGAGGAAUGGAUUUGGGUAUUUUAGGGUUGGAUUCAGGAAAUUUUAGGAGGAAGGGAAGAGUUAAAGGUGGCUGAGGUGUCUGGGGUCUCCUGAAAAGGUUUUAGGGAUUUUGGGGUUGGAUUUGGGAUUUUUUAGGAGGAAGGGAAAUGGUUAAAGGCGACUGAGGUGCGCAGAGAACUUUGGGAUCUCCUGAGGGAUGGAUUUGGGAAUUUUGGAGUCGGAUUUAGGAUUUUUAGGAAAAGGGGAAGAGUUAAAGGUGGGUGAGGUGCCUGGGAUCUCCUGACCGAUGGAUUUGGGAUUUUUAGGAUUGGAUUUAGGAUUUUUAGGAGGAAGGGAAAGAGUUAAAGGCGGCUGAGCUGCCCAGAGAACUUGGAAUCUCCUGCGGGAUGGAUUUGGGAAUUUUGGGGUCGGGUUUAGGGUUUUUAGGGAGAGGGGAAAGAGUUACAAGUGGCUGAGGUGUCUGGGGUCUCCUUAAAAAGUUUUAGGGAUUUUGGAGUCGGAUUUUGGAUUUUUAGGAGGAGGGGAAAUGGUUAAAAGUGUCUGAGCUGCACGGAGAGCCCCGGGACCCCCUGACCGAGGGAUUUGUGGGUUUGGGGUCGGUUUUAGGAUUUUUUUAGGAGGAGAGGAAAGAGUUCCUGGGGUUGAAGUAUGUGCUAUCUCCUGAGGGAUGGAUUUGGGAAUUUCAGGGUUGGAUUUAGGAUUUUUUUAGGAGGAAGGGAAAUGGUUAAAGUUGGCUGAGGUGUGUGGGAACUCCUCAAGGACGGAUUUGGGAAUUUUAGGGUUGGAUUUAGGAUUUUUAGGGGGAUGGAAGAUAAUUUCUGGUGCCACAGAGAACUCUGGCACCCACUGAGAAAAGGAUUUGGGAAUUUUGGGCUUGGAUAGGAAAGGAAAGAGUUAAAGGAGCAGCAGAGAACUCUGGGACCCACUGAGAGAAGGAUUUGCGUUUGGGGCUGGUUUUAGGGUUUUUUGGGAGGCGGGGAAAUGGUCCCUGGGGCUGAAGUGUCUGGGAUCUCCUGAAAAGGUUUUAGGAACUUUUGGGGCGGGAUUUCGGAGUUUUAAGGAGGAGGGGAAAUGGUUAAAGGUGGCUGAGGUGCCUGGGAUCUCCUGACCGAUGGAUUUGGGAAUUUUUAGGGUUGGAUUCAGGAUUUUUAGGUGGACGGAAGAUAAUUUCUGGUGCCGCAGAGAACUCUGGGACCCACUGAGAGAAGGAUUUGGGAAUUUUGGGGUCUGGUUCAGGGUGUUUAGGAGGAGGGGAAAGAGUUAAAGGUGGCUGAGGGGCCUGGGAUCUCCUGACCGACGGAUUUGGGAUUUUUAGGAUUGGAUUUAGGAUUUUUAGGAGGAAGGGAAAGAGUUAAAGGUGGCUGAGCUGCCCAGAGAACUCGGAAUCUCCUGUGGGAUGGAUUUGGGAAUUUUGGGGUCGGGUUUAGGGUUUUUAGGAGGAGGGGAAAGAGUUACAAGUGCCUGAGGUGUCUGGGAUGGAUUUGGGAUUUUUAGGGUUGGAUUUAGGAUUUUUAGGAGGAAGGGGAAGAAUUAAAGGCGGCUGAGCUGCACUGGGAGCUCCUGACCGAGGCCUUCGAGAAGUUUGGGGUUUUUUGAGGGGUUUUUAGGAGGAAGGGAAAUGGUUAAAGGUGGCUGGGACCUCCUGAUCGAUGGAUUUGGGAAUGUUAGAGUUGGAUUUAGGAUUUUUUGAAGAGGAGAGGAAAGGGUUAAAGGUUGAGGCGCAGCGGAGAACUCUGGGAGCACCUGCCCGAGGGAUUCGGGAAGUUUGGGGUGGUUUUUGGGGUUUUAAUGCGGAAGGGAAGCGGCUCGUGCUUCCGCCUAGUGAAUGGCAGGAAAAAAUCUCCUUUCCCAAGGAAUUCCUGGAAUUCCCAGCAAAUGGGAGCGCGCCCGGAAGGAGGAGGAGGAGGGAAAAAAUCCCAAAGUUUUUUUUGGGAGAAGCGCUGUGGGAACAGAGCGAGGCUGAGAAGCGAAACUUCGCCCCAAACCCCUCCUGACCUUUUUUGUUUUUUUCCUUUCACUUCUCGAAAUUUCAACUUCCCGAAAGUUCAACUUCCCCGAAAUCCGGGUUGACAAAAUCCGGGAUGACAAAAUCCGGCCUGACAAAAUCCGGGAUUAUUUAAAUAAUAAAUAAAUAAAUAAAUAAAAGUAGGGGGGGGAAAGAGGAGGAGCAGGAACUUUGGGGAGCCAAGAUUUGGGAUUUUGUAAUCCCGACUCCCGUGGGUGUUUGGGAUUUGGGGCUCUGCCUCCAAAUGUGGGAGGGAAAUAUGGGAGGGAAAAAUUCCAGCCUCGGGAACACCGAGAAUUCCCCGAUUCCUGCGCCUCCCGGAGAUUUUCCCAGCCGGGAAUUUUCCUGCGCUGCCUCAUUCCAGGCCAUGUCCACGGCUGGAAUUCCAGGAAUUUUGGGAUCAUUGCUUCAGCUGGAGGAAAACUUCUCCUCCUGCCUGGCCCGGAUCGACGCCCUCAUCCUCAAACCUCUGCUCCAGGCAGAGCCGCAGGAUCCGAAGGAAAAGGAGAACUUCCAGCUCUUGGUGCUCCUCAACGAUCGCUUCCAAACCCUCUGGAAUUUCACGGAAGAGAAUUCCCGGAUCCUGAGGGGGAAGUCCCAGUUGGAAAAUUCCGGCUGUAUCCAGGAUUUUUACAUCCUCUGGAAAGGAGAAGUUUUCCUCAGCCUCUACAUCCAGUAUUUCGUCACCUUCGCCAACUUUGCGGUGGUCCAGGGCUUCGAGCAGGCCGCCAAGAGCAAGAGCGAGCCCUGGAAGCUGCACAAGGUGGUGCUGAAGGAAUUUGUGCGGGAUUUCACCUCGGAGAGCUCCCUGGGCCUGGCGCUGCACUUGGUGCUCCACAAACCCUUCCGGGAGCACAUCCAGAGCUACCUGCGGCUCCUCUCGCAGCUCCAGGAGCAGCUCCAGGAGGGGUCGGAGCAGGAUGUGGUGGCCACUGUGGUGCAGGAAUUCGGGAAGCUGGAAUCCUUCAUCGGCCAGGUCCUGGAUGAAGCUGGAUUCACCAAGGAGCUCUGGAAAUCCCUGGGCUACAAAUUCACCGACGUGCUGUGUGUCCCCGAGAGGAGGCUCCUGGAGGACAGCAGGAACCUUCCCAUCGCUUCCGGCACUGCCCGCUCCGAGCGGCUCCUGCUCUUUGACGACGUCCUGGUGCUCAUCCAGGGGAACAGCUUCCAGAGUUUCGAUCUGAAGCUGGUGUGGGUGGAUGAAAACUGCGGAGAGAAAUCGGCUCCAGGAUUGCACAGCCUACGCAUCACAACCCCGGAAGAGACAUUCAUCCUCUCCACCAAGGACCCUCAGAUGAAGGCCGUGUGGCGGUGGAAGUUGGAGCAGGCCGUGCGCCAGGCGCUGAACGGGAAGCGGGAUUUCCCCCUCUGGGGCCGCAGCGGGGAAGGCAGCGAGGCCCCGUCCCGCCGCUUCUUCACCUACGUCUUCCGCAUGGAGGGACGGCUCCGCGGGGCCACCUACGAGGGCGAGUGGCUCUGGGGGAAGCCCCAUGGCAAGGGGACGCUGAAGUGGCGCGAUGGACGCAACCACGUCGGGGAUUUCCAGGAGGGCCUGGAGCACGGGUUCGGGAUCUGCCUGGUCCCGCGGCGCUCCGAGGACCGCUACGACUGCUACAAGUGCCACUGGCACCAGGGCAGGAUGAGGGGCUAUGGGAUCUGUGAGUAUGGGAAUGACCUGGUCUACAAGGGCUACUUCAAGGACGACGUGCGCCAAGGGUUCGGGAUCCUGGAGAACUUCUCGGCUGAGCAUCCCUUCAAAUACACGGGACAGUGGGAAAACGACAAAAAGAACGGAUACGGGGUCUGGGAAGACAAGGAGAGAGGGGAGAGGUACAUCGGGAUGUGGUUGGAUGACCACAGACAUGGAGAAGGCAUCGUGGUGACCCAGUCAGGGCUCUGCUACCAGCGGACAUUCCAUGCGGAUAAAAUGGUGGGCUCAGGAAUUCUGCUCCUGGAGGAUGACUCCGUCUACGAAGGGAACUUCUCGGAAGAUCUGGCAUUUGUUGGAAAGGGGAAGCUCUCCCUGGCCAACGGCUUCGUGCUGGAGGGGACGUUCAGCUCGCGCGGCGGCCGCGGGCUCAGCACCCGCGGCGUGCUCAGCACGGCCACCGAGCCCGAGCGGCCGCCCAGCGCCGCCCAGCUGGGCCUCAAGGAAUUCCCAGUGGAGAAGAGAUGGGCAGGAAUCUUCGAGCAAUUCCUGGAAUUCCUCCAUUCCGGCUGCAAGGAGGAAAUGGAGGAAUCUUUCAUGGGAUUCCACAUCCAAACCAGCAAGGAGCUGAGGAAAUCCCAGGAAUAUCUGUUCUGCCAGAGAGGCGCUGAGGAGAUUUCUUGGAAAAUUGAGGAGAUCCUGGAAGAGCUCGUGCAGCACCAGGAGCCGGAGUCGCUCCAGAGUUACUUGGAGAAGGCGUUGGAAUCUUCCCUGCAUCCCUUGGGAAAGCUGCUCAGGGCUCUGACCGUGGCGUUCCAGGCAACGUAUUCCGGCAUCGGGGCCAACCGGCACCUGCUGGCCAUGGCGCAGGAGGAGGUCAAGUUCUACUCCAAGAAAAUUUGGGAAUUCUACCAGGGUUUGCUCCGGCUGGCCCUGGAGCGGCGGGGCCGCGCGCCCGCGGAGGAUGCGGAUCCCAGUCUCGGGAAGGGCUCCAGCCUGGUGCUGCCGCUGAUCCUGCCCGGGUUCUAUCCCGAGCUCUCCAUGCUCUACAUGCUCCAGCACCAGCGGGAGGACGAGCUCUACUGCCAGGGAAUCGUGGAGCUCAGCCUCUUCUCGGAUAUCCAGCUCCUGGAAUUCCUGGAUGUGCAGAAGCACCUGUGGCCUCUCAAAGAUCUCACCCUGACCUCCAACCAGAGGCGCUCCCUGAUCAAGGAUAAAUGUUUCCUGUCAGCCACCGAGUGUCUGCAGAAGCUCAUCACCACGGUGGAUCCCAGGGAGAAGCUGGAGAUCCUCCGGAACACCUACGAGGAGCUGGAGCGCACGGCGUCGCGGCUGCUGGGCGCGGAUUACCGGCUCCCCAUGGAUGACCUCCUGCCGCUCCUCGUGUUCGUCGUAUCCCGAGCCAAGAUCCAACAUUUGGGAGCUGAAAUCCACCUGAUCCGGGAUUUGAUGGAUCCGACCAACCAGGGAGGAAUGUUGGACUUCCUGCUGACGGCACUGGAGUCGUGCUAUGAACACAUCCAGAGGAUCCGGCUCCAUCCAAAGGAAAACUCCCACAGCUCCUGAUCCAUAGGGAAAAUCCGAAUUUUCCCGACCAAACUCCACUGGAAAAAGCGGGAAUUUUAUCCCUGGCUGCCUUUAAAGGGAAGAAUUCCUCCCCAGCCGAGGUUUUCCUGAUCCCAAAAACACUGGAAGGGCUGGAAUUUCCAUCUCCAAGUUUUGGGUUUUUUUUGAGUUUUAUCCCCUUUUCCUGCAAAUAAUUCCCAGGAAAAAUCUCCUUUUCCUGCUCAGGAUGGAGUUUUUCUUUUUUUGCACUGGAGAAUUCCCAGAAAAAGAAGGAAUUUCUUUGGGAAAACCCAAUUUUUAAUGGGAUUUCUUGGACUGGGAAGGAGAUCUCAUCCCAAAACUCCUAAAAAUUCCUGGAAUGAGGAGAUUUUUCCUGCUGCUCCUUUUGCUACUUUUCCCAACUCAGGACUUCUCCAAUUCCAUUUGGAAGCUGCUAUUCCCAAAUUUCCUGAUUUUCCCAUGCUCCAAGAUUUUUUAUUUAUCCCUGGGAGACCUCAGGGGUGAUCCCACACCUUGGAUAAUCCCGUGUUUCUUUGGAAUUCCGGAGGGCUUGGGAAAAAAAAGAGGGAUUUCUCCUGGAUUUUGGGAAAUUCUGGGAAAACAACCAGAAAUUAUGGGAUAGAAACUCCAAUCCCAGCUGGGUUUGUGCCCUGCCAACCCCAGAGGCGCUCUGUGCUCCGAGCUGGAAUUUCCCUUUGGAAAAGGAAUAUCUGGAAUAUUCCCAAUGGGUAUUUGGGAUGCUGUUCCCAGCAUCCCAAAAUAAGUUAAAAAUAGCCAAAAAAAAUUCCUAUUUUUGACAGUUUUUAUCCAUUUUUUUUCUUAUCCGGGACAAUAAAACUCCCCAAGCUUUUUCCAGCUGUUUUUCCCAAAUUUUCCUGAUUUUCCUAAAUGAAGGAAAGUGCUCCUUGGUAUUUUUGGAAAUGAACUGGGAAUCCAAAGCUUUCAAAAAAUGGGAUUUUUUUGUCAUUUUUCCCUUGGGAUGUCUUAAUUUUUCCCAGGGAUUUCUUCAUUUUUCCAAGGAAUUUUUUGCCUUAUCCAGGUGACUCCGGGAAAACAAACCCCCCCCCCCAAGUUUUUCCUCCCAUUUUCCCCAAAUUUCAUCUUUUAAUGAGUAACAGAUUAAUUACAAUAAUUAAUAUAUUAAUGAGAGGAUCCCGUGGGAAGUUUGCCAGGAAUUUUUAUUUAAGUAAAAUCCUUGGAAUUUUGAAGAAAUUCCUGGACCCAGGUGCUCCUUUUUCCGAUUUUGUUGUUGUUGUUGUUUUUAGGAAUUUGAGAAUUUUCUAAAUGAAGGAAAAGUGGAUCCUUGAUCUUUUUGGGAAUGAAAAAUUGGAAGUCCAAAGCUUUAAAUAAAUGGGAUUUUUAUCAUUUUUCCCUUGGGAUUUUUUUUCCUUUUUCUUAGAAUUUUUUUUUUACUUUUCCAAGGAAUUUUUUUACCUUAUCCAGGUGACUCUGGGAAAACAAAACCCCCCAGGUUUUUUCCUCCCAAUUUUCCCAAAUUUUAUCCUUUAAUAAAUAACAGAUUAAUUACUGUAUUAACUAAUUCAGAAUUAAUAUAUUAACGAGAGAAUCCCACUGGAAGUAUUCCGGGAAUUUUUAUUUAAAUAAAACUCUUGGAAUUUUGAAGA